UAACUACUUUUCAAAAGGUAUUAAUAGCUUUAAUUUUCAACAAAUAAUAAGAUCAACUAUCGCUAGACUUUUUAUCUACUCUGCUCUUCAUUCAUCACUACAUCACACUGUUGGAGUUCGACAAUAUGGCAUUGAAGUACAUUGUUGGCACUACAGUGGCAACAUGUGCAUUUGCGUACGUUUGUGACACUGUUGUGUCUGACCAUAAGUUGUUUGGAGGUACUACUCCAAAGACAGUUGCCACUGAUGAAUGGUGGAAAGAGACGGACAAAAAAUUCCAGGCAUGGCCUCGAACUGCUGGUCCUCCAGUGGUCAUGAACCCUAUCAGGCGCCAAAAUUACAUUGUCAAGUCUUGAUUGAAAUUUUUCAUUUACGUCGUCUUUGUUCUGCUUGAUUUUUUUGGAAUAGUACCAUUUUUUUUUCCAGUUUGAGUUGCCAGGAUAUGAUCUGGUGUUGGAUUCACAAGAUUUUCGAGGCCUCAGUUCCCUUUUAAGAUAAAAUUUCAUAGUUAGAUUGUCAUAAAUGGUUCUUCAGUUUCUCCUCUAUAUAUGAUCGAUGGAUUGUGAAAGAUUAUGAUUUACUAGGCUCAUACUAGUUUCUUAUGUUUUGGCUUUUGUUUUUGAUUUAAAGUUUUUGGGUCACUGCUAAACUCUGCUUCAAUAUAUAGUAUGGUGUAAUUGUUGAGUUCUCUCACAUCGGUCGUGGAUGCUAACACGGGGUGCGGGUAAAUAUUUACCGAAUACUUAUUUGAC